UGGAUAUUAAUUUUUUACUUCCCCAUUGUAUGCAUUCGUAAAGAAACACCAUGCCGGUGGAUUAGAGAUGACGGAAUUCACACGGCGAAAAGAAAUCGUUAUGCAGAUGAUUUCAGGCGUCCUCAACGACGCAAAGGAAAAAAAAAUAAAAAUGCAAGAAUCUACUGUAGAAACGUGAUUGGAUGAUCUCAGAGACUUGGAUUUCGAUGUAAAGAUCGAUCUACUCCAUGAUUUUUUCCGCCGAAGCUAGCACCGGUGGCACCAGUAAGGAAACACAUGCUGCUGGAUCAAAGGUAAGGGAAUUUGCACGCCGAAAAGAAACUCAUUCUUCAGAUGAUUCCAGGCGUGCUCAAUGAUGGCAAAAAAAAGAAAAGAACAAUGCAAGAAUCUCCUGCAGAAACAUGACUGGAAGAUCUCAGAGACUUGUAUUUUGAUGUAAAGAUCAAUCUUCUCAAUGAGUUUUUCCACCCAAGCUAGCAGCGGUGGCACCAAUAAGCCCUGUCAGGUCAAGUGCAAGUAUUUGCAAAUUGCAAGUUAUGGUGAAGGUAUGCUUUCUCAGGUGCAAGUGUUUCCUUAAUCUUUGUUCUCUUUUCUAACAUUUAUGAUGGGUUUCUUCUUCUUUUUUAUAGCUAAAUUAUUGUUUGGUAGUCUUAGGGGAAUUAAAAUUAGCAUUACUCUUGCAUUUCUAAAACCAUGCUCUUUUUUUUUUGGGUUUGAAAAAACAAAAAAAUCAUGCACUUAAAUAGAUUCAGUUAAUCUGAUCUUCUCAGCUAUAGAACUGACCAAUUUAGUUUCAAUUUUUUAGCACAAUUUGGUUGGUUCAGUUUGCUCUACACUUAGUCGGCUCGUUGUGAGGGCUUAAAUAACUGUAAUCAGUAAAUAAUUAAAUUAAUUUACUGAGAAAUGCUUCCAACGACGGUGUCCCAAGUUUUAGUUCCUCUGCUCAAAUUUUGUAUUCAUGUAGAAGUUCCAAAGGAAAAAGUUUGGUUAAAUGCUGAAAUAGUCUUUAUUCUUUUAUUGUAGGUUUCAAAAUAAUUAUAAAAAAGACAAUUUAUUUUUCAAUUCUUCAAAAAAUAUAUAUGAGAUAAUAUUUAAGACCAUGGAUUUUGGGACUUGAAUUUCAUCUGUGUGGAUUUAGAAGAAAUUUUAUGCAUAAUCACACUAAUUAAAUUCAAGAUUUGAAUUCCAUGCUUCUACACGCAAAUUAAGAGUUAGAAAUCUAAGAAAUACUUCAAAAUGUUUUCUAAUUUUCUAGAUAAAUGUUAAAACGUAAAAAAUAAGAUGAUAUUUUGUAAUUAUUCAAAAAAAUUAAAACAUUAAAAAACUAUUUUUACAAGAAAAAUAAUGUUCCAAAUUUGUUUUUUAUUCAUUUAUUUCAUACAAAUAUUAAAAAAAAAUUAGCUUUUUUUUUUUUUUUUUUUUGUAAUUUUUUAAUUACUAUAAUUAAAAUCAUUUUUUUUUCAUAACUAAAUGGGUCAUAAGCCUGCAUCUUUUAGGCGUACAAUUUACGGACUAGAGAUGAUGACUAAAGGAUACGAAAUAAUUCUUGAGAAUCAAACAUAGCAGUGGUAAUCGCUUUAAUCUGCACCAAGCUUAAAAAUUGAAUCAAGAGAGAUAUAGCUGCAAUUAAUUACGCAAUAAGGUUCGAACCCUGAUAAUUACUCUAGUAAUCCCCAACUUGUUUUACUGCUUUAAUUAAACCUUAAAUCUUUUCAUGUUUUGGUUCGGUCAAAGUUCAAAUUCGUUUUGAUUGUCAGUUAGCAUGAUAAUUCCAUCGAAGAAAUUCAGCUUGGAUUGGAUUGGAUUGUGUUGUGGUUGGAGAUAAAAAGUCUCUGUAUAUAUGCUAUUAAUUAGGACAAGAGAGUCCAAUAAAAUUUAAUAAUAGAUAAAUUAGUGAUUUAAUGCUUUUUAAAAAUUUUGACAUUCCAUCUCUAAGGGGGAAAAAAAUUUGAAAGUUAAAAUUUUGAAUUUGUACCCAAUGCACAUAUACUGAAGAACCAGUGGCUGUGGUCCUGCAUUAUGCAUUAUCUUAUCAUGUGUGGGUGAAGCCACCUCUCCUCCACCCACCACCACUCAUCCACUGACUAUGACUUUUUGUUUCCUUGACCUUUUCAAAAGUAAGCUCAAUGUACUUAAUAAUUUUUUCUUUAGAACAUGUCGUGUGGGGAGGCCUACCACAUUUGUAAUUUCUAUCAAUUCAAUCAUCUGAAUUAUUGUGCCAAAAGAAAAAGUCUCAAUUAUUACUACAACUUCCACAGCUCAUGACCAUGACCAAUGAGGUCCCCCAAUAAAAGCAAACGCAUACACAUACACAUACACAUACUUUUAAAAUAAUUUAUAUCAAAAGUACAUAUAAUUUGAUCAAACAAAAGAAAUAUAAUAUUAUAUGGAUACCGUUUCCAACAAUUAGAGUUUAAAAUUUCAGGUUUAAACCUUAAUUGGGAGUGUAUAUGAGAGAUGAGAGGCGGGUUAUCUUCAGUUGUAAAUGCAGCCAGCUUAAGCCUAAUGGAUCUGUAAAAAGAAGCUUCAAGCCCCUUCCUCCUCUCUUUCCUUUUAAUGAAUCUUACAUUUUCUUGAAAACAGUCUGCCUAGAAUAUAAAAACAUAGUUUGAAAUAAUUGCAGGAAAUUCUUUGAUAACAUGGAUUCUAUUUUCUCAAUAAUAUUCCACACUCAAUACAAUUGGAUGAAUCUCAUUGAAUUGUUUUAUAGAAGUUCAUUUAUAUCUUUUCUUUUAUAAAACAAAUCAAUUUGGCUUCUUGAAUAGUCUACAUCACUAAGAUUGCUGUAAAAAUUGUGCUUGCAAUCACUAAGGGCUUGUUUUGUUGUGGAAAAUAUUUUUUAAUUUUUCAAGUAAUUAUAGAACAAUUUUAGUUUAUUUUUUAAGUUUUCUUAGUAUCAUAAAAAAGGGUAUGAAAAAGAGUUUGUUUAAAUGUUUGAAAUAGUUUUUAUUUAUUUAUUUUAGAUUUCAAAAUAAUUACAAAAAAGACAAUUUAUUUUUGAAUUCUUCAAAACCUAUAUAAUAUCAUAUUUAAGACCAUGAAUUUUGAGGCCUUGAAUUUGAUUUAUAUGGAUUUAAAAGAAAUUUUAUGCAUAAUCACAAAUUAAACUUCAAGAUAUGAAUUUCAUUCUUCCAUACGCAAAUUAAGAGUUCGAAAUUUUAAAAAUAGUUAAAGAAUGUUUUCUUAUUUUUUAGAUAAAUAUUAAAAUAAAAAAUAAACUUUUUUUACAAUAUAAUAGUAUUACAGUUGUGUAUUUUUAUUCAUUUAUUUCAUACAUUUACUAUAAAAAUAAAAAUUAUCUAUUUUUUUUGUAAUUUUUUAAUAGUUAAAACUAAAAUAAAAUAUUUUUUUUCACAACUAAACGGAUCCUAAGCCUGCAUCUUUUAGGCGUAUAAUUUGGCUACAAGCUAGAGAUUAUGGCUAAAGGAUACAAAAUAAUUUCUUGAGAAUCAAGCAUAGCAGCAGUAAUGGCUUUAACUCACACCAAGCUUAAAAAUUAAAUUAGAUUAGGAAUAUAAAUUUAGAAGUAUAAAUAGGAAUUGUUUAUGAUGCAAGUAGUAAUCAUAGAUAUAUUGCCAUUUGGGUUUGAGAGAGAUAUAGUUGAUUGUAUUUUUGUUUUGCUUAGAUUACGGAUAAAGGACAAUUACGCGUAGAAAAAUUAAUGUACUCAAAUAGAAAAUAAAAAUCUUAGAAGCAAGAUAUUAAAAAUAGUAGAAUGAUAAAAAUUAAAUGAUCAAGAAUUUUGUAAUUUAAAGUAUUUAAAAAAUUAUAUUUGCAAAUUGAAUUUGUCCAAUGUUACACCAUUAUAAAAUUUGCUAUUACUUAAUCACAUGAUUUUAAAUUGCGGUAUUGGGUAGUGUAACACAACGGUAAUGGUGUAGUUGGAGGCCAGAAUAGCAAAUAUUACAUAACGGAAAGUGGGUGCGGUCAUGAAUUUUUUUUUUAGCACACACAACUUUGGUGCAUAUUAGUGUAUUUGAAUGUUUUAAACUUUUACGCUUCUUAAAAAGAGUUUUAGUGUUUUUUGAAUUAUGUGUGUAUUUAUAUUUUUUUCAUUGUUCUUAUGUUGUAAUAAAUUAAUUUCUAAAGGACAAUAUAUUGAAUUGGACAUAUAAAACAUACUAAUAAUACAAAUAUUAUAAUUUGUUUGCAAUAAAAAAAUUGACAAAAAAAUAUGACCAAUAAUUUUAUAAUUUAUGAUUUUAUAAGCAUUGCAAGUAGUUAGGAAGGUUAGGUGCGUUGGACUUGUACGCUCCUUUGCCCACAUGCCCUUUUCAGUCAUCAGCAUUUUUCAUUUCAUUUGCAUUGCUUAAUUUUGCACAGCAAAAAUACUUAAAUUCAUCGUGCUCCUCGAGAAGAUACAUUGUAACACGCACUUCUUGAUCAUCGUCGUUUUGGAUUGAAGAGAAUUUUAUAGUAUGCCGGUGGGAGAGCUGUUUCUGGGUGCAAUCCUGCAAGUGCUGUUUGACAGACUUGCCUCCCGUGAGUUGUUGGAUUUUGCAGACCGAGAGGGGCUUCAUUCUCGGAUUGUCGGAUGGGGAAAACGGUUGCAGAUGAUUCAAGAUGUUCUACAAGAUGCAGAAAAUAAACAAACCAAAAAUUCUGCUCUCAGGUCCUGGUUAAAAGAUCUGAGAGACUUAGCUUAUGAUGUGGAGGAUCUACUUGAUGAGUUCGAUACUGAAGCUUUGCGGCGUAAGUUGAUGGCUGACCCCCAAGCUACUACCAGUAAGGUGCAAUCCUUCAUCCCUACUUGUUUGAACCCAAGUAUUAUUUUGUUCAGAUAUCAGAUGAGUUCAAAGAUAAAAGAGAUUGAUGGCCGAUUCAGAAAUAUUUUGGAACAAAAGGAUCAUUUUGGUUUGGAGAAGAUACUUCAAAGACUGACAGAAGUUCCGUCAAGGCCACAUACCACAUCUUGUGUGUUUGAUCCUCGUAUUUAUGGCAGGGCUGAGGACAUAAGAAAGCUGAAACAAUCAAUCUUAACCGAUAAUGGAAGCGGUGAGAAAGUUGGUGUAAUUCCCAUCGUUGGGAUGGGAGGGAUAGGGAAGACAACCUUGGCCCGACACGUGUUCAAUGAUGAAACGGUGUAUGGGCAUUUUCAUGAAAAAGCAUGGGUUUGUGUAUCAGAUAACUAUGAUAUAAAGAGAAUCACAAAGGCAAUUCUUGAGUCAUUCACUUCCCAAUCCUCUAGUUUGAAUGAGUUGAAUGAACUUCAAACCAAAGUGAAUGAGACAUUAACAGAAAAGAAAUUUUUACUUGUUUUAGAUGAUGUAUGGAAUACUGAUUAUGUUGAUUGGGAUAAUUUGCGGUCUCCCUUUGGAUCUGGAAAACAAGGAAGCAAAAUCAUAGUGACAACCCGCAACCAUAAUGUCGUAUCAACAAUGGCACCUAUGAGAUCUCAUUUUUCCUUGAACCAUUUAUCCGAUGAUGAUUGUUGGUUGGUGUUUAAGCAACAUGCAUUUGAGGCUGGGGAUAUGGAAGAAGCAUGCCCCCCCAAUUUGAUCUCAAUUGGUAGGAAAAUUGUGGAGAAGUGCAAAGGCUUGCCUUUGGCAGCAAAAUCACUUGGUGGCCUUUUGCGCAAUAAAUUGAAUGUGCGUGAAUAUGAAGAUGUAUUGAAUAGUGAAAUAUGGGAUUUAUCUGAGGAGGGGAGCAAUGGAAUUGUUCCAGCAUUAAAAUUGAGUUAUUAUCAUCUCCCUGCAUAUUUGAAACCCUGCUUUGAAUAUUGUUCAAUAUUCCCGAAGGAUUAUGAAUUUGAGGAGAGGGAGGUAGUCUUUUUGUGGAUAGCUCAGGGGUACAUUUCAGGGGAACAAAUGGAAGAUGUCGGCAAUCAAUAUUUUCGUGAAUUGUCGUCAAGGUUAUUUUUCCAACCAUCAAGUGGCGAUGGAUCUCUAUUUGUGAUGCAUGAUCUCAUUCAUAAUUUGGCACGAAAUAUUGCAGAAGGUGAUGAGAAAAGUGAGAUAAAUAAGGUUCGCCAUUUUUCAUACACUUCCGAGGAAUAUGAUGUUAAGAAGAAAUUUGAGGACCUUGAUGAAGCGAAGUGUUUACGGACUUUCCUCCGAUGCUACCCUCCAUCACAACACUUUUAUUUCAAAACUUACAUUACUUGGUAUGUUCCAAUGAUAUUAUGUCUUAAGUUAAAAUGCUUAUGAGUAUUAAAUUUGAGUGGUUUUGAAAUUUUUGAGUUGUCAGAUCGAAUUGGUGAUUUGAAGCAUCUACGGUACCUUAACCUUUCUGAAACCUAUAUUAGGGAGAUGCCGAAAUCAGUAAGCACACUCUGCAAUCUACAAACAUUGAUAUUGAGAAAAUGUUUUUACUUUCGGAGAUUUCCAUCAGAGUUGUGGAAGUUAAUCAACUUGCGUCAUCUUGACAUUAGUGGUGCAGGGAUGAUUAAAGGCAUGCCUUCUCGGAUUGGUGAAUUAAGGAGCCUGCGGACAUUACCAGAUUUUAUUGUCGGGGAAAAUUAUAGUGGGUCUUCAGGGAUAGGAGAAUUGAGGAAUUUAUUGUAUCUUAAAGGAGAACUUUGUAUAUCUAGGUUGAGGAAUGUAACCAAUGCCGAGGAAGCAAGGAAGGCCAAUUUGGUUAAUAAGGAGGGCUUGUCUGCUUUAAAGCUACAGUGGAAUAAUGACAGUGAAUCAGUAGACUCAAGUGCUGAAUUUGACAUACUGGAGGCACUACGACCUCAUCAAAAGUUGGAAGAAUUGACCAUCGAGGAAUACAGGGGUGAUGGAUUUCCCAGUUGGAUGAAAGAUGCAUCAUUCUCAAAUAUGAGAGUAGUAAGAUUAAAGAAUUGUCAGAACUGUGCAUUGUUGCCAACGAUGGGGAAACUACCAGUGCUCAAGGAACUUACUAUUAUAGGCAUGAAUGCUGUAAAGAAAGUGGGAUCAGAAUUCUACUGGGGGCAGGGGUCAUGUAGUUCCUCAUGCUCAUUCAUGGCAGCCUUUCAAUCUUUGGAGACUUUGAAUUUUGAGGAUAUGGGAGAAUGGGAGGUUUGGGAGGUGAAUGCAGUAAUGCCUAAACUCCGUAAGCUUAUUGUUAAGUGUUGUCCCAAACUUAUGGGAGAGUUGCCCAUUAAUAAGAACAUUCCUCCUUUACUUGAGGUACUUUCUGUUGAAGAGUGUGGUCAAUUGGUGGUUUCCUUUUCUGAAGGUACUUUUCCUUCACUCCGUGAAAUUGAUAUUUUUGGAUGCAAUAGAAUGGUGAUAACAGAGAAGGUUGACUUCAAGUCCCUUGUCUCACUAACUGCGUACGAAGUUCGAGAAGUGGAUGUCUCUGCACAAUUUUUUUCAUCGAGUAUCACUGGUUUACCUAAGCUUGAAGAAUUGCGUGUUAAUGGCAAAGGAUAUAAGAAGAUUAAUAUGGAGCAACAACAACUAUACCAUCAUCUCAAUACCCUUCGAAGUUUGGAGAUUGAAGAUGCUUUCGACCUUGUUUCCUUGGAAGGAGGAGGAGGAGGAGAGAAUCAACAGGGUUUGCCUGUGCCACUAUCGUUUCACACCCUCACCUCUAUUGAAUAUCUGUCGAUUUGUAACUGUGAAAGUCUGGUUUCUUUUCCAGACACAGGUUUUCCCCCCACUCUCAGACGACUUUGCAUUGAUGAUUGUGCAGCUCUAAAGUGCAUUUUUUUGUGUGAGGCGGAGAGACCCAGUGCCAACUGUCUCGAGUUCUUGGACAUUUGUGCAUGUCCGUUUCUCACGUCCAUCUCAUCCUGUGGUCAGCUGCUACCUUGUCUCAAGUCCUUGCGCGUUGAUAGUUGUUCAUCCCUCACGCACAUCUCAUCCAGUGGUCAGCUGCCACCUUGUCUCGAAUCCUUGGACAUUUGUAACUGUCCAUCCCUCAGGUGCAUCUUAUCCAGUGGUCAGCUGCUACCGCGUCUUAAAUCCUUAGACAUUGUAUACUGUUCAUCUCUCACGUGCAUCUUAUCCAGCAGUCAAUUGCUACCUUGUCUCGAAUCGUUGAAUGUUAAUGAUUGUCCAUCUCUCACUUGCAUCUUAUCCAGUGGUCAGCUCCUACCUUGUCUCAAAUCCUUGGAAGUUUAUGCGUGUCCAUCUCUCUUGUGCAUCUCAUCCAGCGGUCAACUGCUACCUUGUCUCAAAUCCUUGAAGGUUUUUGGCUGUCCAUCUCUCACUUGCAUCUCAUCCAGCGAUCAGCUGCUACCUUGUCUCGAAUCCUUGAAGGUUUUUGGCUGUCCAUCUCUCACUUGCAUCUCGUCCAGCAGUCAACUGCUACCUUGUCUCAAAUCCUUGGAGGUUCGUGGCUGUUCAUCUCUCACGUGCAUCUCAUCCAGCGGUCAGCUGCUACCUUAUCUCAAAUCCUUAGAUGUUUUUAUGUGUCCAUUUCUCACGUGCGUCUCAUCCCGGGGUCCGCUUCCGAGCUCCCUUGAGAAAUUACGGAUAUGGGAUUGUGAGGGGUUAGAAUCGGUGGCAGUGGGUGGAAUGGCUCCCCACUCCUCCCUUCAGUCUUUUUGUAUUGAGUGCUGUCCCGAACUCAAAUCCUUGCCAGAUGGGUUGGAAGCUCUCAGGUUCCUCGACGAAAUCAAGUUAUAUGGAUGCCGUAAUCUGGAGUCCCUUCCCCAAGGAGGGUUGCCCACAACCUUGAGAUCACUUGUAAUCCAUGAAUGCGAGAAACUCAAGGACCUGCACAACCCCAUUCACCAUCUCACCUCUCUCACAGAAUUGCGAAUUGAGGGGCCCGGCUGUGAGGAUCUGCUGCUGUCCUUGUUCUCAGACAAAGCUGCUACUACGAUGUUGCCCACCUCUCUUCGCGACCUGAGCAUCUCCAAUUUCCCAAAUCUAGAAAAACUAUCUUCCAAACCAUUUCAAAACCACAAUCUCUCUCUUCAAUUCCUUCAAAUCAGAGCGUGCCCUAAACUCACAUCCAUUUCCCGCCAUUUGCUGCCCCCCUCGCUUCUCAGCUUGGAAAUCUUUGGAUGUCCUCGUCUAAAACCAAAAUUUGCCAAGGGGAAAGGACAACUUUGGCCCAAGAUUCAGUACAUUCCACGUGUCGAUAUGGAUGGCAAUUCCAUCUUUGAUCCUGAGCCCAUGUGCCAAGAGGAAAUAAUGUAUCGACAGCAUGUCGCCGAGCGACACAGGAUGGAAUAUCGCAAAAGGUUGAUGAGGGAAUUUGCACGCCGAACAGAAACUCAUUCUUCAAAUGAUUCCAGGCGUGCUCAAUGAUGCCAAAAAAAAAAAAAAAAGAACAAUGCAAGAAUCUACUGUAGAGACCGGAAGAUCUCAAAGACCUGGAUUUCGAUGUAAAGAUUGAUCUUUUCCAUGAGUUUUGCCAUUGAAGCUAGUAGCGGUCGCUAAAAAAAUUUUGUAAAAAUUUUUAAGGCUUCAUAGUUGGAAUUUUUAAGACUAAUAAACAAUUUCAUGUCUUUUUGUCAAACUCAUACAUAAAUGCCUUCUAUCUUUAUUU